UUGAUGCAGCGAACGGUACUUUAACCUGUAGUCUACACAUCAGGAUGAUCAGCUGGUCAGCGCGCUGUGGAUCAAAUCUGUCACUAUGGUGACCGUCAGCGCAUAAAAGUUCAUUAUACCGGCGGCACUAUGUGAAUAUAGUGUAAAUAUUCUCUCAGCAUCUUGAAUAAGCAACUAAAGGAACAACUGUGGAGGAGAGGGAUUUUUUCUUUUUUUGGGGGGGGGGAAAGCUCUUUCUACCAUUUGGAACUUUUUUUGUUUGUUGGUGAAACGUGUUUUAGGCAUCAGUCCCAGUUGACUGAUAGUUUAAAGAACAAACUCAUUUACAACAAACUCGCCCCUCUUAUAGUCUCAACUGCGACAGUCAAUGAUGUUCAUCCGAAGCUUCGUUUUUGUAACUUUUUCUCAUUAUUUCGUACUUCUGUUGAUGUGUCAUCUCCCUCGGGCGUCUGCUCAGAAGUCCACCGGUCCACGGUGGCUGAUAGGAGACAGGGAGACCCACUGUGGGAUCAUCUGUUCCAGGACACAGGGCAAGCCGGUGUGUGGCUCUGAUGGACGGAGCUACGAUACCGGCUGUGACCUGCAGAGGGCGCGCUGCAAGGACCGUUCUCUGACGCUGGCACACCGCGGACGAUGUCGAGGUAAAAACUCGGUGAGGAUUGACCAGCUUCCAGUAGUUCCUGCUCCAACAUCAGUCUCAGAGGGGAAGAACCUGGAACUGGAAGACGGAGGCCAGUCUAAGUGCAGGCUGGAGAGGAAUCAGGCUCUGGAGCAGGCUAAGAGACCUCAGGAGUCCAUCUUCAUCCCAGAAUGCAACGAGGACGGAACCUUCGCCCAGGUGCAGUGUCACACUCUGACAGGAUACUGCUGGUGUGUCACCACCGACGGCAAACCAGUCAGCGGUUCCUCCGUGCACAACAGGACCCCUGUGUGUUCAGGAAACUUCCGUGAAUUUAUGGGAACUCAUGCUGGGACAAGUGACAAGUUGUCAGGGUCAGUAACUGAUAAACCAUCUGGACCUCCUAGUUCCGGGAGAAAAGUCUCUUUCCGUUUCUUUCUCACUCUCAACCCAGAUGACGGCUCCAAGCCCACGCCCACCAUGGAGACCCAAACACUACCAGAUGGGGAUGAGAUUACGGCUCCGACCUUGUGGAUCAAACAGCUGGUUUAUAAGGAGAGUAAACAGAACAGUUCCAGUACCAGGCGACCCGAGAAAGUUCCCUCUUGUGACCAGGAGAGGCAGAGUGCCCUGGACGAGGCCCGUCAGAACCCUCGUGAGGCCAUCUACAUCCCAGACUGUGGACCAGGGGGCCUCCACAAGCCUGUACAGUGCCACCAGUCCACUGGGUACUGUUGGUGUGUUCUGGUAGACACAGGGAGACCAAUACCAGGCACCUCUACCAGGUACCAGACCCCAGAGUGUGACAGCACGGCUCGUGCGAUGGUCUCCGACGUUGAAGAUCCUUUCCAGGGCCGAGACCUGACAGGCUGCCCGGAGGGUAAAAAAAUGGAAUUCAUUACCAGCCUUUUAGACGCCCUCACCACAGACAUGGUCCAGGCCAUUAACUCACCAACCCCCUCUGGUGGUGGGAGGUUGAUGGAGCCGGACCCCAGCCACACUCUAGAGGAGAGGGUGGUCCACUGGUACUUUACCCAGCUGGACAACAACAGCAGCCAUGACAUCAACAAGAAGGAGCUGAAGCCCUUCAAGAGAUACGUCAAGAAGAAAGCCAAACCCAAGAAAUGUGCCAGGAAGUUCACUGACUACUGUGACCUGAACAAGGACAAAGCCAUCUCACUUCUGGAGCUGAAGGGUUGUCUUGGGGUCAGCAAGGAGGGUAGUUCUGUGAGCAGCAUCAACCAAGGGACAAGGCAAGGGAUUAAUUUGUUCAUAGGUCGUCUGGUGUGAGGAAGGAAGGCUCCAGAAGCUGAGAGGAGAGGGAAGGGUUAGAACAGAGGGAAGGGUUAGAACAGAGGGAAGGGUUAGAACAGAGUUAGAACAGAGGGAAGAGUUAGAACAGAGGGAAGAGUUAGAACAGAGGGAAGAGUUAGAACAGAGGUAGAACAGAGGGAAGGGUUAGAACAAAGGGAAGGGUUAGAACAGAGGGAAGGGUUAGAACAGAGGGUUAGAACAGGGAAGAGUUAGAACAGAGGGAAGAGUUAGAACAGAGGGAAGGGUUAGAACAGAGGGAAGAGUUAGAACAGAGUUAGAACAGAGGGAAGGGUUAGAACAGAGGGAAGAGUUAGAACAGAGUUAGAACAGAGGGAAGUGUUAGAACAGCGGGACGAAUUAGAAUAGAGGGAAGGGUUAGAACAGAGCGAAGGGUUAGAACAGAGGGAAGGGUUAGAACAGAGGGAAUGGUUAGAUCAGAGUUAGAACAGAGGGAAGGGUUAGAACAGAGGGAAGGGUUAUAACAGAGUUAGAACAGAAGGAAGGGUUAGAACAGAGGGAAGGGUUAGAACAGAGUUAGAACAGAGGGAAGGGUUAGAACAGAGGGAAGGGUUAGAACAGAGGGAAGGGUUAGAACAGAGGGAAGGGUUAGAACAGAGGGAAGGCAUCUGUACGCUUUCUGACUGACAGUAAAGAGAAAAAUGGAGCAGACAGAUGGAGCAGACAGAUGGAGCAGACAGAUGGAGCAGAAAGAUUGAGCAGACAGAUGGAGCAGACAGAUGGAGCAGACAGAUGGAGAAGACAGAUGGAGCAGAAAGAUGGAGCAGACAGAUGGAGAAGAAAGAUGGAGCAGACAGAUGGAGAAGAAAGAUGGAGCAGUUCCUGUACAAAAAGAAUGGAAAAAAAACAAGAGAAAACAAAACAAGAAGUGGCGCCAAAAUAUUUGCACUUUCUCCUCCCUAUGUUUGACUUUCUAUCUGUUUUGAUAUUUGUUUGAUAUUUUCUAUUGUGACUUAAAAUAUCUCGAUAAGAAUAAUAACUCUUCUUCUCAUUGUUAACCUUAAUGUUUAAACGCAGCGAGACAGUUAUCCCCUGUAAGGUUCUUCACUGGGACAUUAUCCAUGUUGCUGUGGCAUUCUGGGUCUUCACUGGGACAUUAUCCAUGUUUCUGGGUCUUCACUGGGACAUUAUCCAUGUUUCUGGGUCUUCACUGGGACAUUAUCCAUGUUUCUGGGUCUUCACUGGGACAUUAUCCACGUUUCUGGGUCUUCACUGGGACAUUAUCCAUGUUUCUGGGUCUUCACUGGGACAUUAUCCAUGUUUCUGGGUCUUCACUGGGACAUUAUCCAUGUUUCUGGGUCUUCACUGGGACAUUAUCCAUGUUUCUGGGUCUUCACUGGGACAUUAUCCACGUUUCUGGGUCUUCACUGGGACAUUAUCCACGUUUCUGGGUCUUCACUGGGACAUUAUCCACGUUUCUGGGUCUUCACUGGGACAUUAUCCAUGUUUCUGGGUUUUCACUGGGACAUUAUCCAUGUUUCUGGGUCUUCACUGGGACAUUAUCCACGUUUCUGGGUCUUCACUGGGACAUUAUCCAUGUUUCUGGGUCUUCACUGGGACAUUAUCCACGUUUCUGGGUCUUCACUGGGACAUUAUCCACGUUUCUGGGUUUUCACUGGGACAUUAUCCACGUUUCUGGGUUUUCACUGGGACAUUAUCCAUGUUGCUUUGGCGUUCUUGCAACACAACAUCCUGUCAUUUCAUAUAAUAGCACACAAAGGUAAAAGCACAGUUAAAUGUGUCUUCGAACACAGCAAACAACUUCCUGUGAUGUUUAUCCGUCAGUCCCAAUGUUACUCUGUCAGCUGUGAGGCUGUGUUCUCUCUGUUCUGUCUCCUUAAUAACACAGGAGCUGAUGACACGAAGAAGGUUUUUUAAACGAGCUGCAAAUCAACAGCCUCAGUUUGCUCUACAAUAAACUGCUCAUCUGUAGCUGUAACUAGCAGAAAACAAUGACAAUCCGUUAGAUCACCAGUUAGAUCACCUGUUAACCUGUUAGAGCACCUGUUAACCUGUUAGAUCACCUGUUAACCUGUUAGAUCACCUGUUAACCUGUUAGAUCACCUGUUAACCAGUUAGAUCACCUGUUAACCAGUUAGAUCACCAGUUAGAUCACCUGUUAACCUGUUAGAUCACCUGUUAACCAGUUAGAUCACCUGUUAACCAGUUAGAUCACCAGUUAGAUCACCAGUUAGAUCACCUGUUAGAUCACCUGUUAACCAGUUAGAUCACCUGUUAACCUGUUAGAUCACCUGUUAACCUGUUAGAUCACCAGUUAGAUCACCAGUUAGAUCACCAGUUAGAUCACCUGUUAGAUCACCAGUUAGAUCACCAGUUAGAUCACCAGUUAGAUCACCAGUUAGAUCACCAGUUAGAUCACCAGUUAGAUCACCAGUUAGAUCACCUGUUAGAUCACCAGUUAGAUCACCUGUUAACCUGUUAGAUCACCUGUUAACCAGUUAGAUCACCAGUUAGAUCACCUGUUAGAUCACCUGUUAGAUCACCUGUUAACCAGUUAGAUCACCAGUUAGAUCACCAGUUAGAUCACCAGUUAGAUCACCAGUUAGAUCACCAGUUAGAUCACCAGAUAGAUCACCUGUUAACCUGUUAGAUCACCAGUUAGAUCACCAGUUAGAUCACCAGUUAGAUCACCAGUUAGAUCACCAGUUAGAUCACCUGUUAACCUGUUAGAUCACCAGUUAGAUCACCAGUUAGAUCACCAGUUAGAUCACCUGUUAGAUCACCUGUUAACCAGUUAGAUCACCAGUUAGAUCACCAGUUAGAUCACCAGUUAGAUCACCAGUUAGAUCACCAGUUAGAUCACCUGUUAGAUCACCAGUUAGAUCACCAGUUAGAUCACCUGUUAGAUCACCUGUUAGAUCACCUGUUAACCAGUUAGAUCACCAGUUAGAUCACCAGUUAGAUCACCAGUUAGAUCACCAGUUAGAUCACCUGUUAGAUCACCAGUUAGAUCACCAGUUAGAUCACCUGUUAACCUGUUAGAUCACCAGUUAGAUCACCUGUUAGAUCACCUGUUAACCAGUUAGAUCACCAGUUAGAUCACCAGUUAGAUCACCUGUUAGAUCACCAGUUAGAUCACCAGUCCAGUUAGAUCACCAGUUAGAUCACCAGAUCACCAUGAACCCCAGGAAGACUAGCUGUUGUCAUUAGAGGUCCUGGGAUCCGAAAAGAAAGAUGAAAGAUCAGAGUUCAGCUGCAGAAGUAAAGAGACUCGAUCCCCCAUAAUGCACCCCUUCAGAAGUCCAGUAGCUGUGUGAAGAGUUAUUUGCGUCCCUGACUAGAGAGGCUACUAUAUGUACAGGGAAGUAGUGCACAAAUACAAGCGAAUGUGUUCCGUAUGUUUUGUUUUGUAAAAUGUAUAUGAACUGCAAUAUUCAUUAUGUGAAAAUGGUAUGGGGUGGAAAGGAAACUGUGAGACUGACUGAGUUAAGUUGAAAGUAUUUCUUUAAGAGUCAUAAUAAUGAGAGGUUUAGACAUUAAACCCCUGGCACUGUAUUUUAAAUCAACCAUACGAUAAUGUAGGCAGAACAGACACUGAACUGGCAAACAGAGACAGAGAGAGAUAGGGGGGUGUAUUCACUAGGAACCAAACAGAAGUAAACAGGACGAAACGGGGAGGGACCCUACCUGAAUUUGUCCAAUAGAAACUCUUGUUUCUUUUUUGCUACAGUGUGCGCUAAUGAAUACACCUCGGCUGAAAUUCCCAUGUCAGCAACACAUUGAUCUUUGGUCAGGUUUUGUCUAUGGUCUGUUAUGCUAACCCAUUAGGCUUAAUAAUAUGUUACGGUAACCACAGGUCUACCACUUCAACAGUGGCGUACCUGACUGAAAAUGUCACCACAGUCAUAAUAAAAUAAAAAAAUAAUAAUAAAUAAAAGAUUGACGGAAAAAAAGAAUGAUAUCCACAAUUGUUAUCUUUCUAAAUUCAGAAAGAUGAGGUUUGUUUAUUUGUGAUUGUUUAUGUGUGUAUUUGUUUGCCUAUAUGGACUUAUCCCUGGAAACAACCAUACACUGUCCCCAUGGAACUAAAGUAAGAGAGAAGGCUCUCAAUGUAAAUAUGUAUCAUAUUCUGUUGUUGGUUUCCUUGUUUCAUUGUGGAGCUUUUGGACUAAACUUUCUAAAAAGCAUAUUUUAUUUUAUUCACAUCACGACAAAUAGCGGUACUAAAUGUACUUAUCACACAUUAAUAUAGGACCCAAACUGUAAGACCAUCCCAAAUCUUUUUGGAGUGUAAGACCUCUCCCACAGCAUUUGACUUCCUGUAUGUAACAGGUGUCAAUGUGGUUGCUUUGGACACGGGAAGAAGAAUAUCUCUAAGGGGAACAAGAGCACAUUACUGACCCCUUCUGGUGAAAAUAUAUCACUGCUUUUAGAAAGGGUCCGUCUCAAACGCAAGCAUCUAGUUCACUAUAUCUUUUAGACAGGUGUGUUACAACACGAGGACCUUACUAAGCAAUAGCUUUUUCUUUUGACCAAGCCAAUUGACUUCCAUAAUUUGAAAUAAACGUUUUUAAAGAA